AUGACUGUAUUGUCCACGGGAAACACGAAAACUGUAGAGAAUUUUUUGACCGAGCAAAAUCGAGGAGCAAAUCCAUUGACGAAUUCAUCGCGUACAGUUUUGCUUAUGGAUGCUACAGAUUCCAUGUCAAGUUUGUUAUCGGCAGCUAAAGAAACGGUUUGUAUAAUGUUUGAGCGUGCUUCAGCUGUUUUAGAGGGAAAAGGGCUGUCCGGUGAUGCAUUUCAGAUGCAAUUUGCUGUAUAUCGAAAUUAUAAUUCUAAAGAAAACAAGCUUUUGGAGGUUUCUCCUUGGAAUACAAAAGCUAAUAAUUUAAGAGCAUUUAUGAACACAAUUAGCCCGGAAGGCGGAUGGAGUAAUGAGGCUACUGAAAUAGGCUUAUGGCAUGCGAUCAAAGAAAGUGAACUGCAAGACUCAGUUUCUCAAGUAAUUUUAAUAGUAGAUGCACCAGCAAAUACCCAAGAAGAGGUUAAUGUGAAACGAGCAGAUUUGGUGGAGCAUAUUGGAAGAACACUAGAUUUGAUAAGCCAACCUACUAUUCAGGUGAGUUGCAAAAGUUAA